AUUGAAACACUCUGUAUAGUUAAGCAGCCUUUCAUUGAUAAACUUGUUCAAUGGGUAUAAAGCCUUCCCCUAGCCGCAGUCUGGUGUGUACUCCACUGGGUCAAGACACAGCAAUGACUUCUGUUGCAUACUUCUUCCUAGCUAUCUUAGCUGUUGCUGCGGCAGCACCGGAGGGCCGCAUCGUGGGAGGCGACCAUGUGACCAUUGAGGAGUUCCCCUACGCAGUCGCGGUCACCUACCUGUACCCUGGACCCGGCAUCACCGUGCAGCGCUGUGUCGGCAGUUUGGUCUCCUCUUUCCAUGCCCUCACGUCCGCCUACUGUUUCACUGGCGCCAUUUUGGACAAUAUGAGAAUCCGUGCGGGCUCUACAAACUCUCUCUCUGGCGGAACUGUGGUGGAAAUCGACACCUUCGUGAAGCACCCUGACUACACGGAGACUCCUCGAUCCAAUGACAUUGCAGUCACCUUCCUGAAGACUCCGCUCGGCAUCAGCAACGUCAUCAAUGUCCUGUUCCUGCCUCCCGCCAACUAUAUCAUUCCCGACGGACAAUCUGUUAAGGUUGUGAGCUGGGGAUUCGAAUCUGAGGGCGGAAAUCAACUAGAAACCCUGAAGACAGUGUUCCUGAACAAACUCAGCCUUGCCGACUGCCAGGCAGUGUACGGAGACACCAGCAGCGUUGAAAUCUCAGAUUCCGUAAUCUGCGCAUCUGCGGCCGGUAAGGGUAUGUGCAUGGGUGACUCUGGUGCACCCAUGGUGAUCAACAACGUCAUCGUAGGAGCCUCCUCUUUCUACAAGGAUUGCCUUGAUGAUGAGUUCCCUGAUGUCUUCACCAGGGUCGACAGAUACACCAACUGGAUCCUAGAUGUGGCUACAUCUGGUGGCCGUAAAGCUGACAUAAGGGUAGCCCCUAGCUUGUAAAGUUUGCAAAACUACUAAACAAUUAAUGUCUAAAUACUCAAACGCUACUCAAUUUUAAGACGCUCUCAAGACUAGUUCUGUCGCUAUCGAUUCUUUAUAAAAUGACAGAGAUAGCACGAUAUUUAAGUACAACUUAAGAUUGAGUUGCAUUUCAGUAUUCGGGCGUAUGUCAGAUAAAAAGUCGACUGUAUUUUGGAAAUUCUUACUUUUAAAGUAUCAAAAUUACGUGAUCUGUUCUUUCUCAUCGACGGCUGUGUAUUAGCAGCGAGUUUACUUUUAAGCAAUAUUAAAAUAUAUUUUUU